AUGGAAGAAUUUGAAGGAAUUGGCUCAAUUGUGGAUGAAUUUCAAAUAAAGGGAUCAACUUUGAAUUUAUUUGGCAUAAAAUGGAAGACGCCUAAUAGUGACAGAGAGUUGAAAAAGUUUAUUCAAAUUCCCUAUGGACCUCACAACAAAGCUUUCCCAAGUUUACCAAUAAUCACUAAUUCCAACCGUAAGCUGUUUAGAUAUAUCACUCAAGACACUAUGAUGGAUAGGUCUAUUUUAGAGUAUGACGAGUCUAAAUUUGAUUCUGAUUUUGAACUCAAUGAUUCUAGCAUGAAUACAAAUCUCACACAAUUUAUGAACGAUUACGACAUCAAUGACAAAGAAGGGAAAAAUUCUGAAUAUCAUAGACCACAGACAAGUUUUGGAAACAAUUAUCAUGAGAACAUUCUUUCUGAUGUUAUACUACAAUCGACUUGUGAAGAAAUGGAAUUGGUUGAAAAAAAUAGCAUUCUUUCAAGCGAAUUCACUCAAUUGUCCUCAAACCGUUCGGAGAACGAUUCUUCGAAGAAACCAGACAUAUUUUCCGAGAAAGAAGAUGUAUUUAGUCUCAAAUCAGAACCUUUUGCUGAUUUGGAACUGGGCGAUUUUGUUGGCCUACAAAACUAA